AAGGCAAGAUCGAAACCAUUGUGCUGUGCCUUUAAGCACACUCUAAUCCUAAGGGAGGUGCUUUCAUCACUAGCCAAUCAGGGUCUCCAGGCCGAACUGUCAGUCAGAAGUGGUGCGGAGCACUUCCGGGAGCCAGGUUGCCUGCUUGGCUUCGCGGAACAGCCUGCGCCGCUGUGCUGCGAGUCAGGGAGCUGUGAGGGGACCAUGGGCGAGCUGGGAGGCCACAACAUGGAUGCAGUGACCUAUAAUGAUGUGCAUGUUGACUUCACUCGGGAAGAGUGGGCUUUGCUGGAUCCUUCCCAGAAGAAUCUCUACAAAGAUG